UAUCUUACCAUAUCGUGGACUUAGUAUCCCAAAAGCCCAUUAGGCCCAAAUUAAAAUUUACGAGAAGCUUUACAUUAGGGUUUUCUGACCUGUCUUUACUUUUCUCUCUGCCUGUGCCGUCUCCAACUCCAUUCUGAAGAGAAAGAGAGAGACACAGAUCGACGAAAAUGGAGAAAGGAAAGGGAAGAAAGGAGGAGAUCGUCACCAGGGAGUACACUAUCAAUCUCCACAGGCGCCUUCAUAGCUGGAGAAUCAGAGUCCGCGUCGCCCGUAAGAGGAACGAUGAUGAAGAUGCCAAGGAAGAGUUCUACUCUCUCGUCACCGUCGCUGAGAUUCCUGCUGAAGGGUUGUCUGGUUUGGGCACCAAGGUUAUCGAAGAAGACGAGUGA